CGAUAUUUAGUUUUACGUUGAUCCGAAAUAGUACUCAAUUAUGCCUGAACCAAAAGCUGCCCCUGCGCCAAAGAAGGGCUCUAAGAAAGCCGUUUCUAAGAGCCAAGCCAAGGGUGGGAAGAAACGCAGAAAGACCAGGAAAGAAAGUUAUUCCAUCUACGUCUACAAGGUGCUGAAACAAGUUCACCCCGAUACAGGUAUUUCUUCUAAAGCGAUGGGAAUCAUGAACUCGUUUGUGAAUGAUAUCUUUGAGCGCAUCGCCGGGGAGGCUUCUCGUCUAGCGCACUACAACAAGCGCUCCACCAUUUCUUCUCGGGAGAUCCAGACUGCUGUGAGGCUUCUGCUACCGGGAGAGCUUGCCAAGCACGCGGUGUCCGAGGGCACCAAGGCAGUUACCAAGUAUACCAGUUCUAAGUAAACGACUUCUAUUUGACACCAACGGCUCUUUUCAGAG